GGAAGCAGCGGACACCAGGGGCAGCGACUGGCUGGAGGAGCAGGUGACUGCAUUGCUAAGGGGGGCGGAGGUGGGUACGUCUGGCCCUACUCCAGCAGCUACACGGUCGCGGCGGGCACGGCCGCCGGCGCGCCUGAGCCCUGAUUUACCCCCCCGGGUCCGGCGCCGUGUCAGGAGCCCCACAAGGGACCCUCCACGCCGGGAGCAUUCUAAGGCUACUGCGGCCUCCCGGCGUGGGAGGAAUCCAUAUGUCCGGCGGGACCCUCCAGAGGCUGUGGGGCCUCCCCCUCAGCCCACCACUUCAGCUACAAGGGAGUCAGGACCUGGUUCUGCAGGAUCCCCUCCUGUCCCCAGGAGUGGGAGGCCUGCUCAGCGUGGGAGAGGUAGUGGCAGCAGAGGCAGCAGCGGGGCUGCGCGGUCGGCCAGGGCGGCCCGGCGCAGGCUCUUACAGGAUGGGCCCCUUUCAGUGGCACACGAGGCUGCGCCUGUAGGUGCCGGGGACGGGCGCAGGCCUCGCCAUGAUGCGCUUCUUUCAGAGGAGGAGGACGAGGCUGUUCUGGACGGCUCCCCGCCCCAGAGCAGGCCUCUUGGGCAUGAAGACAGGCGCGCAGAUGCUUAUAUGGAGGACAGGGAGUUGCGCAGGCCAUUUCCUGAGGGCGGACAGUUUGCUACUGGUCCUGACACCGUUGAAGACAGAGGGCGUCCCAGAGCCAUUCCUAACGCACCCAGCAGUGAUCCGGCUGGGGUGCUGCCGGCGAACAGCGCAAGUACCCACCAGAGGAACGUCGCGGAUCCAGGAGUCGUACGUCAGGAAUCAGGACCUGCGGCUGCCGGGUUCACAGCACCCGGGCAGCUAGUGGGAGCGGUUUCGCCAGCUGGCCCCGGAGGCGAGUCAGGUCGGAUUGGUGUGUCCAGAGUCGUUGUGGGAGAUCCUGGAGGUACCGUAGCUUGUCUGUUGCAGGCAUCAUUGAGUGAAGGCACGUGGAGGAUGUACGAUAGGGCUUGGAGUAGGUGGCAGCAGUGGUGUAAUGACCUGGGGGUCGAGGUACUGGACGGGGAAAUUCCGUUGUUACUGUUCAUUGGCCACGUGAAGGAUCUAGGUUGGUCGGUUGCCAAGAUCAAUGGUUGCAUGGCGGGCUUGGCUUUCGGAUUCAAGUUGCGGAAUUCCCCGGACAUUACUAAGUCCUUUUUGGUCCGUCAAAUUUUGAAGGGUUAUAGAAGGUUUCAGCGUGUCAAAGAUUCCCGCCUACCGGUGUCCUUUUCGUUAUUGUUACAGUUAGGGGAGCAGGUAGCUGGAGUGUGUCGCUCGGCUUGGGAGGUGAGCUUAUUUAGACUAGCCUUUGCUCUGGCUUUUUUCGGAGCCUUUCGUUUAGGGGAGUUAGUGUGUGCAAGUGUGCGGCGGGAAGGGGGUCUGAGGAGCGAGGAUGUAACGUUAUAUGACGACAGGGUGGUGAUUUAUCUGAGAUUUUCAAAGACGGAUCAGGAGGGGAGGGGUCAUUUAGUCUCAUUGUUUGAGGUGCCGGGAUGUCUAUUGUGUCCAGUACGGUGUUUGCAGGAUUUUCAAGCAAGGGCAGGGGUCGCGGCAGGCCGGUUCUCAGACACGAGGAUGGCUCCUUUUUAUCGCGAUUUCAAUUUAUAGCGGUAUUCAAGAAAUGUUUGCGUAAUCUAGGAAUGGACUCUGGCAAGUUUACGGGUCAUUCCUUCAGGAUAGGUGCUGCCACGGAGGCUGCUCGCUUGGGGGUGCGAGAUGAAGUGAUUAAGCGUAUUGGGAGGUGGGAGUCGGAGCGUUUUCGGCUGUAUGUGCGUUUAGGGGCAGUUUAAGGCUGUGUCUAACCAAGUUUGUCUCGUUCUUUUUUCAGGUGGUGCCCCGUUAUUAGUUUGGAUCCUGGGCCAUUCGUUCGUGUUCUGGGGGGCAUUACGAGCGGAUGUUCGGCAGAAUGGGCGGCAGCUGGGGUUUGAUCGGGGGACAGCCAUAGUGAGAUGGAUCGGACGCAGAGGUAUGGCGUGGGGUAGUGUUUUGCAGGAGGUUCAUCGGCAAGCCAGGUUAGAUAGAGUCCCGGAUAUCUUGGUGUUGCAUGUUGGGGGAAAUGACCUAGGGGUCCGACCUUGCAGAGAGUUGAUCAGGGAUAUUCGUUUUGAUUUUUUGCGUUUGUGGUCCCUCUUCCCGUCAGUUGUCACUGUGUGGUCGGACAUUGUCCCCAGGAAGGUCUGGAGGGAGGCGAGAUCGGUUGAAAGGCUGAAUAAGGCUAGGAUUAAGCUGAACAGGGUGAUUGGGCGGUUCUGUGCCAAACAUGGGGCGGUGGUGGUGAGGCACCCCGAGUUGGAAGCAGGAACAGGAGGUUUUUGGAGACAGGAUGGAGUCCACCUCAAUGCGGUGGGCAUUGAUUUGUGGUCACUGGACUUACAGGGAGGUAUCGAAACAGCCAUCCGGGUGUGGCGGAACGCGCGAGCUUAAGGGCUGUCAAGCUGCGCGUUGUUGGCGGGGGGAGGUCAUAGAAGCUGGGGCUACUGGAUGGUAACGGUGAAUGAGAGGGCCUCAAUGGUGGGGCUGGACUCUCAGAGUUGGGGCACCUGGUUGGCUUGGUAUGGCGUCCGUCAGUUGGUGUCCCCGAGCUUGUGGUACGCGGCUGGGGGCAAGAUGGAAUUGCCGUGGUGGUUUGUGGUCGUUUAAGGUGCAGUUAGGCGGCUUCUAGGACCUCCCUCGUCAGUUAGACAUGUAUAUAUUUAUAUAUAUAUGUCAUUGUUAUAUCAAGUGUUAUGUUUAUUCAUGUUAUUUAUAUUAUUUAAUAAAAGACGGCUGCUGUGGCCGAUUUAAUCCAAGCAGUGGCUGUGUGUGGUUAUUGGGAGAGGAAAAGGGGAAGGUUAGUUAGCUAAAUGAUGGGGUAGUGGACCCGAGCGUAGCCAAUAACCCUACUCAAGUGAGGCCGUACGAAGCGGCACGCUUCAGGGGAGGCCGGCAUGAGGGGUUUUGUGAGCAAGGGUCAGGGAAGGUAAGGGUUAAGUGGAUGAGUGCAGGGAAAGGGGGGAGGAGCUAGGAAGGGGCGGGAAGCGGCAGGCUGUAGUAGUGGUGAGGCAGGUCAGCGCCCGCCAUUUUAGGAGCAGAGAGGCAGCAUCUCCCUCCCUCCCUCCCGUAGUGUGUACUGGGAUGUUUCAGGGCGGCAACGGUAUAUUAUAGAGGGAUGCAUAUAGGAAAAAGUAAUAAAAUAAAAUAGGUGUAUUUUCUAAAUAAAUAAAGGUAUAAAAAAAAA